GCAGCGUGUUAUUAACUGAGGCUCAUGGGCGCUGAAACAUGAAGGAUUGACCGGAAUCACUUUCUUUCUCACAAAGAUGACAAUCUUAUCCUUAACCGGAAUAUCACCUCGAGGUUAUUCUGGGUGUUGGUGAAAUCAGACUUCUUUAAUUAGACUGAUUAAAGAGUGAUGGACACGGAGCCUUCAGCCCCUCCUCAGCGAGUGCUGCAGUCACUGGAUCGGAAUGCAGCGGCAUCCGAGCGCAACUCGGAAUAUUUACAAUCUCUAGGUAGCGAGUCGAGCUCAUUCAUCAUGGUUCAGCCCAAAACUCGUCUGGAAGUCCCGGCAAGGCUGUGGGUAACGACGGUUGUGGUCAUCGUGAUCGUUCUUCAAGUUGCCUCGACCACGGGACUCUUCAUAUUCUUAAAUCUUUCAAUAGCACAGGCUCAAACUCAGGGCGUUGUGGAGGAGCUGAGGUGUCUCGGUCUUCUAAACGCUUUGGAGAAGGAGCAGGAGGUACCUGAUGACCUGGUUCAGCUCUUUGGGGAGCCUUGCAUUAAACUAGCUGAAGGACUCAAAUCCUACAUCUCUAAGGUCACAGAAAACAUCAUCUCAAAACACACCUUUCAAGAGAGAGUAGCAAUCCCUCCACGUACAAAAUUACUCACCAUAGGGAGCCCACGGCCAUCCGCUCAUCUCAUGCUGAGAGACAGUGGACUUCAGGGUCCCGCAUCCUUAAUCCCUCAGAUGGACCUUCACCAGUCCUGUCGGCAUCCAGUUCGAUCCUGGGGAAACCAGAGCUUCGGCUCCCACCUGCACAACAUGACCAUAUCCAACGGCCGUAUGCGCAUUCCUCGUGCGGGCCGCUACUACCUGUACGCCCAGGUCUACUUCCGAUAUCUCACGCUCUCCAGUGACGAUUUCCACUCGGGCUCCGUCAGCCACCAGGUGGUGCAGUGUGUCUACAAGAAGACCGCCUAUGCCCGACCCAUUCAGCUCCUGAAGGGUGUGGGCACCAAAUGUUGGUCUCCAGACAGCGAGAACGCCCUUCACUCCAUCUACCAGGGUGGCCUGUUCGAACUUCGCGCGGGCGAUGAGAUCUUCAUCUCUGUGUCUUCUCCCACAGCGGUGUACGCAGAAGACUCCUCCAGCUACUUUGGGGCCUUCCUCUAUGACCUCUGAAGGAAUCGGUCGUGGCUUGUGGUCUCAUUUCAAGGGAAAGGAAAUGGUUUUAGCUGGAGGCCUCGCAUGGGAACAAUUAAAAAAAAGGGAAAAACUUUGGCCUUCGUUCUGUCCUCUGGGAUUAACAAAGGGUUCUGUAAUGAACAACAAAUAUGCGACUUAAGUCUUAAAACAGAUUCUUUACUAAAAAUCAAGUUACUUAAGACUUCAAAAAGGACUUGCGCAUCAGGAUAGGAUUGACGUUUCUUAUUUUGUGGAGUGAUAAAACAUCUGAACUUUCUUCUGGACGGACAUAUUGCAAGCAUAUUUACGACAGCUUUGUGAUGGACUUAACAAUUCUAACAGUCUGUACUUUCUUUAAAGGCGCUGUGUGUAAUUUUUUGGAAGAUUGACAGAAAUGCAAUAUAAUACACAUAACUAUGUCUCCAGAGGUGUAUAAAGACCUUACAUAAUGAAGAGUUAUGUUUUUAUUUCCUUAGAAUGAACUAUUUCUAUCUACAAACCCCGCAGGUCCCCUUACAUGGAAUUCGCCGUGUUGUUUUUUUCAGAAGCCCUAAACGGACAAACUGCUCUACAGAGGGUGAUUCAAAAAUACAUUAUAUUGCCCUGCAAAGUUGCGAAAACGUGACGAGAUCUUAGUUCUGUGUCAGCCUCCAUAGUGCUUCGAAAGGGAGAGGAGGAGGUGUGGAGUGAUCCGAUGGUUGCAAUUCCCGACCUCGCCACUAGAUGCCGCUACAUUUUCUUUUAAAAGAAAGAAAAAGGACUUAUUCAACACAACUAUUCUUUUUAUAUGAAGUGGUAAAAUAAACAUUCAAUUCUAAGCAAAAUUAAACAAAUGCACUAACAGGUGUUUGUUCACGCCAUUCAGACCAUACAAGAACAAUCGUCUGCCACUUUUUCAUAUUUCUUUUUCAUGUUGAACUGCUUUUAUUGUUCAUACGGUUGGAAAUAAAUGAUCUGGGUCAAUGUGA